GUUUCCGGUCAACUGUAUCUAGCUUCACUCACUGCCCUGGUCCUCAGCAUCCAGCUGCAUCCUUUACAGGUGCAGUUCUUCUUCAUUCUAGUGGUGGUGGAGUGAGCUUGUCAUCAUGGGGGAACUGUUCAGGAGCGAGGAGAUGACCCUGGCCCAGCUCUUCCUCCAGUCAGAGGCGGCCUACUGCUGUGUCAGUGAGCUGGGAGAACUGGGCAUGGUCCAGUUCAGGGAUCUCAAUCCUGAUGUAAACGUGUUCCAGCGCAAGUUUGUGAAUGAAGUGAGGAGAUGUGAGGAGAUGGACAGGAAACUGAGGUUUGUGGAGAAAGAGAUCAAGAAAGCUGCUAUCCCAACUGUGGACACCGGAGAGAAUCCAGAGGUGCCCUUUCCCAGGGACAUGAUCGACCUAGAGGCCACCUUUGAGAAGCUUGAGAAUGAGCUGAAGGAGAUCAACACCAACCAGGAGGCCCUGAAGAAGAACUUCCUGGAGCUGACGGAGCUCAAACACAUCCUUCGCCGAACACAGCAGUUCUUUGAUGAGAUGGAGGAUCCCAACCUGCUGGAGGAGUCUUCCUCCCUGAUGGAGGGCAAUGAGGGGGGUCGAGGGGCCCCACUCAGACUGGGGUUUGUGGCCGGAGUGAUCAGCAGGGAGAGGAUUCCAACCUUUGAGAGGAUGCUGUGGAGAGUGUGUCGGGGAAACGUCUUCUUAAGGAAGGCAGAGAUUGAGGAUCCUUUGGAGGACCCAGCCACGGGAGACCAAGUCGUCAAAUCAGUGUUCAUUAUCUUCUUCCAAGGAGACCAGCUGAAGAACAGGGUGAAGAAGAUCUGUGAGGGGUUCCGUGCCUCUCUCUACCCGUGCCCAGAGACCCCACAGGAGAGGAAGGAGAUGCUGGCCGGAGUCAACAGCCGCAUCGAUGACCUCCAGAUGGUGCUGAACCAAACAGAGGACCACCGUCAGCGAGUGCUGCAGGCCGCCUCCAAGACCAUGCGGGUGUGGUUCAUCAAGGUGAGGAAGAUGAAGGCCAUCUACCACACCCUCAACCUGUGCAACAUCGACGUCACCCAGAAGUGUCUGAUUGCUGAGGUGUGGUGUCCCGUCUCUGACCUGGACUCCAUCCAGUUCGCACUGCGCAGAGGGACGGAGAGGAGCGGCUCCACUGUGCCGUCCAUUCUCAACAGGAUGCAAACCAAGCAAACCCCGCCCACCUUCAACAAGACCAACAAGUUCACGUCAGGCUUCCAGAAUAUCGUGGAUGCCUACGGCAUCGGGAACUACCGGGAAAUCAAUCCAGCUCCAUACACCAUCAUCACCUUCCCCUUCCUGUUUGCCGUGAUGUUCGGGGACAUGGGUCACGGCACACUGAUGACCUGUGCUGCCCUCUACCUUGUCAUCAGAGAGAGUCGCCUCGUCGCCCAGAAGAGUGACAACGAGAUGUUCAACAUGGUGUUUGCUGGUCGCUACAUCAUCCUGCUGAUGGGGAUCUUCUCCAUGUACACCGGGAUCAUUUACAACGACUGCUUCUCCAAGUCACUCAACAUGUUUGGCUCUGGAUGGAGCGUCAGGCCCAUGUUCAGUAUUAAAGGAGCCAACUGGACGUUUAAGACACUUGAUGGAAAUAGGGUGCUGCAGUUGGACCCCGCUGUUCCUGGUGUGUUCAACGGGCCUUACCCACUCGGAAUUGACCCGAUCUGGAACCUCGCCACCAACAAGCUGACCUUCCUCAACUCCUUCAAGAUGAAGAUGUCUGUGAUCGUGGGCGUCACCCACAUGCUGUUCGGAGUGUCUCUCAGUCUCUUCAACCACCUGUACUUCAAGAAGCCUCUGAACAUCUUCCUGGGCUUCAUCCCUGAGAUCGUGUUCAUGGCCAGCCUGUUCGGAUACCUCGCCCUGUUGGUCUUCUACAAGUGGACAGCCUAUGAUGCCUUCACCUCCAAGGACGCGCCCAGCUUGCUCAUCCACUUCAUCAACAUGUGUCUCUUCAACUACAACGACCCCACUAACAAACCCCUCUACAGGGGGCAGAUGGGGAUCCAGGUUUUGUUGGUGCUGAUUGCCCUUGCAUGUGUACCCUGUAUGCUGAUUGUGAAAACUAUGGUGCUUCGGCGGCAGCACCUGUGGAAAAUCAAACUGUCCCAGAAGAGGGAAGAAACCCCUGCAGAGAAUCUAGAGCAGUCUUUAGAGCAAACAGGCGUUUCCUCAUCAUGCUCCGGACUCACCCAACAGGGCACACAGAAGUUCGGAGGGGUGCGGGUGGGCAACGGGCCCACGGAGGACGAGGCUGGCAUCAUGGACCAUGACCACCUCUCCCAGCACUCAGAGGAAGGAGAUGAGCACGCAGAUGAAGAGCCGUUUGACUUUGGUGACGUAGCUGUUCACCAGGCCAUACACACCAUCGAGUAUUGUCUUGGAUGCAUCUCCAACACAGCCUCCUACCUGCGGCUCUGGGCCCUCAGCCUGGCUCAUGCACAGCUGUCGGAGGUGCUGUGGACCAUGGUGAUGCACCUGGGUCUGUCCUCCCGCAGCGGAGGUGGGUUCUUCGGCCUGUCCAUCAUCUUCGGGGCCUUCGCCACCCUCACAGUUGCCAUCCUGCUCAUCAUGGAGGGGCUGUCAGCGUUCCUGCACGCCCUGCGUCUGCACUGGGUGGAGUUCCAGAACAAGUUCUACUGCGGCCAGGGCUUCAAGUUUUUCCCCUUCUCAUUCGAGAGCAUCCUGGAUGGACGGUUUGACGAGUAACCGGGCCUCAGCAUGAGCCAGCAGAAUCCCCCCCCCCCCUCUCCUCCUGUGUAUGUGUUUGUGUGUGCAUGAACCAAAUUGCAGCCCGCUGUCAUCCUCUAGUGGUCAUUUGUGGAACUGUUAUUGUGUGUGAGCUAUAUUGGGGUCCUUGUGAAGGGUUUUUCCAGCGACCAUGUGCCAGGCUGUACCCAUACAGGAGCAUCUAUUGCUGUGGCACAGUACCAUCACUGUUCCCAGCAUUCAGUCUGUUCACCUCAGCAGCAACAACAUCUCCUCUGCCAACAUCUAUACCCCUGAAGCUCAAUGUGUUUUGUGAUGGUAUCCAACAUAUACUGCAUGUUCAGCAGAAAAAAACCUUUUAAGAUUCAUCUUGUGAAAACCAACUUUUAUUUUACUCCUGUGAAUUCAGAUAAUCUACUCACCACCUUUGUAGAAAAUCCUGUGGUUGACUUGAGGUUUUACUGUUGCUCUGUCCAAACAAAAUCAUCAGACAGUCCAGGGGAAUAACAAUACAUAUAGGAAUAACACAAGAUGGAAGGACUGUCUUAUCUUGAGGUCAGAUGAAAUGUAUUUGAGAGAGGAAAUAAAAUUGCAUUAUUAACCUGGUUUUAUCCAAUGAUAUACUGACUAGGUUAUGUGGCAAACACUCAAGAAGUGAAGUAUUUCCCAUGAAAUGUCAUACAAAGACACUAUAAAUCCAAUUAUAAAGAAUCAUAGUAUGGACCACAUAUAUGUGUUGCUUUUAUCGUCAGUGUUAAAGUGGCAGAAGAUCAGGAAUGUCCUUGAAGAGAUAAGACAGGGCCCCUGUCACGUCCCUCUGCUCAUUCGGUGUUAUUGGUGUUGUAACCCGGUAGAAGAACUGAAGAACUGCAUUUAGACAAAAGGGAAUUGAUUGGAAUCACUGACAGUUGCUUUGGGAACACUAUUAUCAAAGACUUGUGCCACAACUUCGUUCAUCUAUUGUUUUUUUUGUUUUUUUUAUUGUUUUUUUUUAUGUACACUACUUUUUUAAGCAUAUCUGAGCUUUACUUUUAAAAUCAGGCUGCAAUACUUUGAACAAAUUACUCAUUAGGAGUUUACAUAAGGCAAAGAUUUAAACAUCUCUAUUCUGUUCAAACUGAGGCACAUUAGAAUCAUAACAGCAUCGAGUUAGUCUAAUGUAACAGUUUUCCAUUUUUAUGAUUUCUUUAGAAGUGUUUAAUUUGUGUUUUUUAUUUAUAUUUGCAACGACACAUGCAACUGAUGUUGGUCAGUGACAGUGAUGUGGAAGGUUUAGUGUUUGUGAUCAAUAAUAAACAGACCUGGGGAUUCA